AAUAAAGUUCCCAUAAACGUCAGAAUAAAUUGAUUUAAGUUUGCAUUAAAAAAUAAAACAUACACAUGUGGCAAACUUGUAACAACAAAAGAACUCUAUUGUAAUAGAAAAUAAUCAUUGUGAUGGCUGGAAAACAGCAGAUAUUAACGUUUGAUUUGACUAUGUAUUUGUGAAAGGAGAAUACGAGAAGAAACGAAGAUUGUAGUCGUUGAACAACUUUUCUAGUUUUUAUUCAUUUUACCAUCGUCUUUCGUACCGAACAAAGUUUUUAAUCAAAUAUGGGGAAAACUACCUACGCCUUGAGCUCAUUUAAAGCAAGUGAAACGCCGAGCAACAUGGAACCAAACAAACCCGAGGAAAAACAAGAGGUCAGCAACUUUCGUCGAAUCUUACCUCAAGUCUUGGCAAGUACAGCAAAAAAUUUCCUGUUGCUGGAUCUGGGAAUGUCAAUUUCGAUUCCAACGAUAGUUAUUCCUGCGUUGAGGGGUUUAAAAAACCGCGAUCCAAAUGAAUUUCUGGAGUUUACGGAUGUUCAAGCUAGUUGGUUUGCAAGUAUUGCAUAUAUUUGUCAACCUAUUGGAAGUGUCCUAUCCGGAAUUGUCCUUGAACCACUUGGACGAAAGAAAAGUAUGAUUUUGGUGAAUAUUCCUCAUAUUAUUGCUUGGCUCAUGCUUUACUUUGCUGGAAGUGUGACGGAAUUAUUCAUUGCUGCAAUUCUUCUUGGAUUGGGAGUUGGUUUCAUGGAAGCGCCUAUCAUCACUUAUGUUGGAGAAAUUACUGAGCCAAGUAUUCGUGGAAUUAUGACGGCUGCCGCUGGUAUUGCGGCUACUUUAGGAUUCUCGACUGUAUUUUUCCUUGGCACUCAAACAACGUGGCGCGUUGCUUCCCUAAUUUGCUGCAUGGUCCCCAUUUCGACUGCAAUUGCAAUUUUCUUCGUACCUGAAACACCUUACUGGUUGCUCUCUAAAAAUCGCGACAAAGAUGCUCUCAAAUCGCUACAAUGGCUCCGUGGAUGGGUCUCCGAGGAAGCAGUCGCCAAGGAAUUCAGCGAAAUGAAACGUUACAGCGAAAACGCCAACAAAUGCACUCCAUGCCAGAAAAAUCAAGUCGCCACGUGCACGCACAAGGAAAGUUUCCGCGAAAAAGCGAAAGAAAUGCUCCGUAAACGAACGUUGAAACCGUUUUUCCUUGUUCUUGCCUUUUUCGGUUUUUGCCAAAUUAGUGGAAUGCACGGAAUGCGUCCCUAUCUCGUACAAAUUUUCGAAACUUUCGAUUUUCCCAUCGACUCGAACUGGGGAACGGUUGUCGUUGGCAUCAUGGCUUUCCUAGCGAACGUUGUGUGCACGAUUUGCGUUAAAUUUGUCGGAAAACGACGAUUAUCGCUUAUAUCGAUGGCCUUUACGUGUCUCAGUUGUCUCGCUUUGUCAUUUUAUGCUUACAAAAUUCUUCCGCCCGGCUGGUCUUCGUUCGAUAAACAUGAUAAGGGAGCGAUUCACGACUUGAACGGCCUGAACUACAUUCCGAUGAUCCUGUUUUUCACGCUUUCGUUCGCCACGAGUGUCGGAAUCAUGCCCGUGCCAUGGAUGUUGGUGAGUGAGAUAUUUCCAUACAAGACACGUGGCAUGGCAAGUGGACUUGUGGCUGCUUUGAAUUACAUCAUGAGCUUCAUAACAACAAAGACAUAUUUGAAUCUUGAGCGGACGAUGUCGUUGUGGGGAACAAUCUUCUUUUAUGGCAUUUGCGGCGUUUUUGGAUUCAUUUUUAUCUUUAUGCUGGUUCCGGAGACUGAAAGAAGAACAUUGGAGGACAUUGAGGUGCACUUUUCGGACAACAAUCGGAAAAUGACUGACAGGAAAAUCAAGAAAAAUACCAGUUUUGAUGAUAUUUUGAAUGCACAAAGCGGUAAAAAGGGAAAGCCAGAAGCGAAUGGCUGUGAUAACAAAGCAUUUGAAACGCCUUGAUUUUUUUUAUUAUUUUUUGUGUGUAAAAUUACUAUUAUUAUAAGUAUAUCUAAAGUUAAAAAAUUCAAAAUAAAAUUUUAUUAUUGUUAGCUAAUUAAUUUUUUUUUUCAAGAUUAAAGC